AUGCCUACCAGCAAAAAAGUCGCAGAGGUGAACCCAAAGGAUAGUCCAUCCACGAAAGGGCAAAAAUUGAAAGUGUUUACUGACAAAGGAGGCCCGAAAACCAAGACGGAAGGGACACCUACGAAAAGGCGGAAAACAAAAGAAUCAGUCCUCACAGCACAGGGACUUCCAUGCCAGAAGUGUGUCAAGCACAUGAUCAAAGAGCCUGAGCAUAUCUGCUUCCGCCAAACAGGGCACAUCUCGUGUCGGUAUUGCCUUGACACCCAUCAAAAGUGUGAACGGAUUCACAAGGACCUGGAAUAUGAAGCCAAAUUUGCCAUUGAAAGCCAGGCCGAGGAGCGGAAACAUCUGCUCAUGGUUUUCAAGAACACCUUGAACAAGAGGCUGAGGGAGGACAAGGAGGCGACAGACCAAGUUCAAGAACUAGUGGAUGCGCAAUUGAGCCAGAACUUGCAGCAAUCCUUAGUCGUCAAGAAUACAACCGAUAAGGAGACGCAGACAUUGACAUGGGAGUCACUUCGAGCUCAGAUAUUGGAGGAAUGCCCUCAGUUCGAGUGA